UAUGAUAAGCAUUUUAAGGCGAUCUCUAGGGAAAAUUCCAAGCAAUGUCCUACAUGAUGAAUUACGAGAAUGGAAUGCUCUACCAGAUGAUUUUAUCGUUAAUUUAGCAAAAUCCAGUAAAAGUUAUGCGAUAGACGAAAUCGUUCGAGAAGCACAGAGUCGUUCUUCAAUAACAGAGUAUGACAUCUUAAGGCUGGAUCUUCAAACUCUUAUAAAAUUUUCCAGAGGUGUCAUGUGGAAUACUUUUCUAUUAGAUAAUUCCAAUAUUGAAAAUCAACAAGUGGAUAAACUUCAACGUAGUAUAGAAUCAGUUGAUGAACUACGAAAAAAGGCGAUAUCUUACGUGAUGGAGUCGAAAGAUAAACUUCUUUGGAUAUCUUUACUAUUUCGACGAGAAAAGAAGCUUUUCUAUGCCGUGUGCCAUCGGAAAUGUGAUGCUAUUCUAGUUCAUGGAGGAAAGGAGUCUCUUCUAUCUCAAAUGUUGAAGGGACUCCGAAUCAUAUUUCGAUCUACAACUAUUAAGAAAAUUGCCUUAUCUGGAAAAUGCCCUCGCUCCCUUCUCCAGAUUAGACUGAAUAAACUGAAUACUUCACUUAACAUCCUACCAGAGAGGAGCAACCAAGCUCCACCCGAAGAAGAACAAGAUGAAAGUUUCAUUUACGAUCAAAAUCCAAAGAAAGAAAAGCUAUUUACAAAGGAGAAUGAAAAUGUUAUUCUAAACGAAGUUACUUAUGAGAUAUCUCAACCGAAAACGGAGACGAAUGACGAAAUGUUUUGUAAAAUUUCUUUUAAAGGAAAUAAUGUUUUGGCCGGAUUAAGAGAGCUUCAAGAACAAGGAAUUUUAACUGAACCUAUACCCGAACCUAUAGAUCGCUUGCCACAACUCGGAAGGAAUACUAUAAAAUUACGAUUUUAG